GUUAUCCUGGCGUCAGCCAAGCGGUGGCGCGGGAACCUGAUAUGGUCAUAACUUACAAGUUAUCGUAAUGCAUUAUACCACCUACUAGCUACUGUCAUGAUGGGCGACUCGGAAGACAGUGUUCUUUCUAAUACAAGAACGCUGUGCGUUGCACAAUAUUGGCGCGGAUACGACUCCAAUGGUCACCGAAUGCCACUUCACUGGGCACUCUUUGCGAUCUACAAUGCAAAUCCUGAUUCAAUCAAAGCUAGCAGCUCAGGGAAAGAGCAUUCAGAUCAAGUAGAUCACUGGGGCACUUGUUACCAAGCAAUUGGAAACAUCGACACCUUUACCUACUCUUGCAUUGAAUUCGAAUGCAUGGAAAUUCUUGCCGAAGGCUAUCGUGGCUGCCUGGUGGUUGGAGAGAUUGAUUCAUUCUCGGAAAAGGAGAUGGACGCGUUGCUUCAACAAGUAACUGUUUAUCGAGGCAGAGAAAACUGGAACUGUCAGAACUGGGUGCUUGCCGCACUCGAGAGGCUCAAAGCCUCCAAUUAUGUUGCGAGCAGCGUAUCACGCGAUGGCGUUCGCAGCGAGCUAGAGGAUAUCCUGAACGAUUGGAUAGAAUGACCGCGGGAUUGAUCUGCAUCGCGAUCCCGACAUAU